GUUGGGCCGAAGGGCCUGUUUCCCCGCUGUAUUGCCCAACGAUUCUGCUGCAAUUUGUGUAUUUUGCAAAAUGAACCAAAAUCUAUAAUCAAUUCUUUGAUAUUUUUCAGAAACUUGAGCUUUAAUGAGUUUGUUUGUGACUGUAACCUUUCUUGGUUACCGAGCUGGAUGAAUGAGGAAGAAGCAAAUGGAGUAAUCAUCGUUGAAAGUGAAUUCGUUAAGUGUGCCAAACCUUCAAAGCUAAAGGACGUAUCUGUGUUAAGUGUUAAUUUUUCAAGCCUUUUCUACGGGUCUGGGUUUGUGGCUUGCCUACCUGACAGGCAGCCGAUAGUGAACCUGUCUCUGAUGACGUUGCAGAAUUCCAGCAGAGAAAAUUGCAUUGAGCUUUGUUUCAAUGAGGGCGAACCAUAUGCUGCCUUGGACAAUGAGAGCCAUUGCCUGUGUGGGUCCAAACUUGAGCCGGAUUCAGUCACCAUGUGCGCACAGGAGGCAGCGGAUGGAGGACUUAUUCAGGUUUGUGGCUGCACUGUCAUAGAACAAGCAUUCAAAGCUACAAUCGCAAACUUUGCUGAACCUCGCACUUUCAGCCUCUUCGAGGCGGCCCGGUUGACUAUUCAGACUCUGGUCAAUGUCAGCACUUUCCAGUGGGACUUUGGCGAUACGUCGCCACCUUUCAACACCACCAGCCACACGGUGUUCCAUAAGUAUGGGCUACCGGGCACGUACCUGGUCAGUGUUGCCUUCUUUGUGGGCAGAAAGCUUACCUCACUGCACGUGGAAAUAAACAUCACCGCUCCCCAGGGAAGGCUGGAGAUGACGUGUCCUCCUGUGGUCCAAACUAAUAAAAGCAUCGACGUCAAGAUCUACAAUUGGGGCAGCAACAGUGUCACAGCAACGUGGAGCAUUACAGCGUCUAAUGAUGACACAGUAAAGGGUGAGUCGGCCAAACCCAAUCUCCGCCGUCAAUUCUGUCAAUCUCACACCAAUGGUGACCUGGCAAUAGUGAAGAGUCCAGAAAUACAGAAGUUUAUAGCAAAUAUUACAGGAUGCGAGCAUCCUGUAUGGAUAGGCCUCAGUGAUACUGCAAGCGCUGGAACGCUGCAGUGGGUGGACGGGUCUGCCCUGGAGAACUUUCCGGACUGGUUGCCGUGGGAACUGGACAUGCUACCCAGUGGUACGUGCGUGCACGUGAAUGCAAGCGGUGAUGGAGAAUGGCAGACGGAUCUGUGCGAUGCCAGGAGAGGCUUUGUUUGUGCAUACAGAGCUGGAGAUAGGAUUCCUGGCGCCGAUUAUCUACUGGUGGGAUUGCCGGCGUUCAGUACACACUUACCGGUCAGAAACAUCACCGUCAACAACAACGCACCACCAUCCAUAGGCCUGGGGGAGCUCAUGGUCUUCCCUGGACUUUGGUUCAGUCACAAAGGUUACAUUUCAGUGGUCGAAAUGGCCACGGAAAAUUUAAACCGUACCGUACAAGUGAGAUUCAGGAUCUACCGACCAAGAUGUGCUGGAGCAGACCUGUACCUUGUCACACCAGACAGCGAAGAAGUGUGCACCUCCUUUGCUCUGUGUCUGGCUGGAACUCGUGGCAAUGAGACUCAUGGCUGCACCAGUGGGACCAAGUGGUGUGGGUCGGCCAAAGCUUGCUUGCCGCUCAAAAGACCCUGCAGCUCCGACGUCCUGACGCAGUGCCCGAACCUAACCCCGCCGCGCUUCAGCAGGAGCCAUCCCAGUUACGAUAUCGUGUCUGAGAACACCUGGACCUUGCCGCCUCACAGUGCCACGCAUCACGUGGUGUUACUGAGCAAUGAAAGCAUCGCGGUCCAAGUUAACGACAUCGUUGCCAUUCAACACAACAGCGAGCCGGGAGCCUUCCUCCAGUGCCAGAGGAACGAGUCGUCGCCCUGGCAACAGAAUUACUUCAGCAUUGUCUACUCCAGCGGGAGUGCCGAUUUCCGCAGCAACCUGACCAACAUCGAGUGGACGGACGGAGUGGUGUGCAACCUGCGUGUAUUGUACAGCUACAGGCGCAAGACAGUUGCCAGCAGCCCGUUCCUUUGCAAGGGGCAGUCCGUGCCUGGUAACUACACCUACCGAGCCAUCGUGGACGAUGGGUCCCCACGCGGCAACAUGUCCUGCAGCGUGCAAGUUGUCGCCCCCGUCACCGACUUCAGCGUCAUCUACCCGCCCAAGCAGAACGGCGUCCAUUACGUGCCGAAGAAUCGCCCGCUCGUCAUCGUCAAGGUUGCGACGCUGGACAGGCCAUCGGUGAACUUCUCCGGGAGCAACGAGACGUUCAGCUGUCAGGCCACCUGCCCUGAAGAUCUCUCCCCGCUCUGCGGAAAGGAGGAUAACAACACCUGCUACUCCAACAUCGCACUCUUUGUCAAGGACUACAAUCUGACCAGCAUCACCAUCACCGUCAGGAACCUGGUCAGCUCCAUCAGCAAGACCGUGGCCGUGAGGGCCGAGGACCUGAUCGAAGGACUGACCAUUCUCCCGGACCCAAAGAUCAGGGUGUUGUCCAACGAGCUUGUGACCUACACAGCGAGAGUGAGUGCUGGAACAAACGUCAUGUUUAAGUGGACCGUUGAUGAUAAGGCCUCCUUCAUACAUUACAAGCAAGUCUACAAAGUCAUCUAUCGAACAGAGGCUGUUUACAAGCUUUCGCUGACUGCAUCCAACCAAGUAAGCACCCAAAGUAUUAUUUGCAACGUGACUGUGGACAGGAGGAAUCCGUUGGCAGAGUUAAAUGUCUCUGGUGUACCAGCCGUUCUUGUACAAGGUCUCCCAUAUGCCUUUGUCGCGAGAGUGAAGGUGGACGCAGCCAUUAAUGCUACAUUCAGGUGGAGUUUUGGUGAUGGGAGCGAUGAUGACAUUUACCAGUUCAGCUCUCCUUAUAACGUCAGCCUUUCCGUUCCUCAUGUGCCGGUCAAGCAAGCUGUGCUACAGCACAAUGUCACUCACGUCUACCGUCUCCCAGGUGAAUACAACCUCUCAGUGUCUGCAUCAGAUAAACACGAUAACCUCAGCCAGCUCCUUCCUCUGAAAGUCUACAGUCGCCUGAGUAAUGUCUCCAUCAACGUGAGUGGCAACGUUAUUGCCGCUGGGAAGGAAGCUGAAUUUGACGCCAACCUGGUGCCUUCUGUGCUGGGUGUCACCUAUCACUGGAACUUUGGAGACAACUCCAGCCAGCAGAACGGGACACUGCGGAGGGUCACGCACACCUUCAGGAAUGCCGGCAGAUACAACGUCAGCGUACGUGCCAGCAACGCUAUUAGCAGCAUCGCCGCUCACUGUGUGGUCGAGGUGUUGGAGGAGAUAUCUGAGGUGGACUUCACGGACAACAGUCCCACAGAACUGUCCGCCCCGACCAUAGUCAAAGCCUGGGUGAGGACGGGCACCAGGGUGCGGUGGACCUUCGAUAUGGGGGACGGGACCCCGCUCACUAACACCAGCUCCUCGGUUAUGAACUAUACCUACUCAGCGGUGGGCAACUACACGGUGACCGCGGUGGCCUCCAACCCGCUGGGCUCUUCCAACGUCUCUCGGCUGGUCGAGGUCUUUGUCCUCCAGGUGUGCAGGAUCCACCCGGCGGGCUGCGUCCAGGAGCUGAUCGAGACCAACUUCACCGCCUACACCCCGGGCGACUCCGCCAACUACGAGUUCUUCUGGGACUUUGGAGACGGCUCGCCCAACGAGACCAUCAGUGGCCGGCCCGACAUCAGCCACAACUACACGAGCAGCGGAGACUUCCCUCUGUAUUUGGUGGUGUCCAGCAUCGUGAACAAAGUCAACUAUUACUCCAAUGUGUGUGUCCAGCCGGCAAUCAGUAAGGUGGUCGUCACCCCCACCAACAGCUUCAUCCUGUUGGGUGAAGAAGGCACGUUCUCUGCCGAGGCUUUCCCUGAAGGACAGUACACCUACCUGUGGGACUUUGGUGUUGGAUUGGACCCUCAACUUCGCGGGAAGGAGGCAAACUUCACCUUUGGGAGCUCCGGGUUGCAUUGGGUCAACGUCACCGCCUUCAACAACGUGUCCUCGGCCGGUGGGGAGGUCUGGGUGGAGGUCCAAGCCCCGUUAACGGGUCUGGACAUCCAGUUGUUCGUCGGGUUCCCGGACAAUCUGGUGCUGGACCAGCCCUACAUGUUCACGGCCGUAAGCGACGGGGACGGCGUGGACUACACCUGGGACUUCGGAGACGGUGGUAACGGGACCGGGCCAGAAGUUACAAGGCCAUUCCUUGCCGCUGGCAGCUUCCAGGUCCAGCUAGAAGGGCAGAACAUGGUGAGCGAGAUGUUGGUGCAACGGACUGUCAUUGUGAAGACACCCCUGCAGGGAUUGGAAGUCACGGCCAACACCAACGUCGCACCGGUCAACGUCUCCAUCCUCUUCCAAACCACCUUGCAGGCUGGUGAUUCCGUCCACUAUCUCUGGACCUUCUGCCAAGCCUGUGAGACAUUGGAAGGUCCUCCCGCCAUGAACCACACCUUUGACAGCCCUGGCAUCUUCAACAUUACCGUCCGAGCGGGGAACGGGGUGAGCACUGCGCAGGCCAGCGUUCAGGUUCACAUCUUGGAGGAGAUUGAGGGAUUGGUCAUGGUCCUCGGUGACCUGGCCCAGAACUGCUGCCUCUUCGCCAACCAAACCCUCUGGUUCCAAGCCACCAGUCGCUCUGGCACUGAGAUCUCCUACAGCUGGAGCAUCUGUAAAUCCGGCACGGUCUUCUUCCACACCAACGCCACCUCUUCCCAGGCUCACUUUGUGGAGGCAGGUUCCUACGAAAUAGUCCUCCAGGCCAGCAACCUGCUGGGCACCCUCAACAUCAGUGAGAUGGUCGCUGUGCUGGAGCCCAUCGGCGACAUCGCCUUGAGAGCAUCGCCUGAACCAGUGGCGGUGAACGCAACGACCAUCAUUACUGCUUCCCUGGGCACUGGAACCGAGGUGAUCUACACCUGGUCCCUGGAACCCACCAUCGUUGUGCCCACCCACCUCCCCCACAUCCAGCACAGCUUCCGGACCCCCGGCGUGAAGCGGGUUAAUGUCACGGCGGCCAACAGGCUGAGUUCUAGCCGAGCGACCCUGAGUCUCCGUGUCCAGGAGCCGGUGACCGGUGUGAACAUCGUUGCUCAACUCUAUGUGGCCACCAACGCCACGACUUCCUUCCAGGGACUGGCGCUGAGAGGGACCAACGUUUCCUGGCAGUGGACACUACCUUGGACCAUGGAAGGAGGGAGGACGCAGGCUAUAAAUGAGUCGUUCCCCUUGGCCGGCGAGUAUCCUAUCGGAUUGAACGCUUCCAACGACGUGAGCUGGGAGGUGACCUCUAUCAGUGUCUCUGUCCAAGAUGAAAUUCAAGGUCUACAGCUCCUAGUGUCUAAGUGGGCAGUUGCGCCUGGCGAGACCGUGCUCUUCACUGUGCUCUUGUCCGCCGGGACCGAUGUCACCUUCCAACUGGGCAUCAAUGAUACUUUCACCAUGCUCCGCAACACCACGGAGUACGUGUACAAUUUCACACUCCUCGGAACAUACCGGGUGAGCUUAACGGCUGUGAACAGAGUCAGCUGUGGCCACGUGGAUGUGGAGAUCCAAGUGUUAGAACCAGUGGUGGGUUUGAGGCUCUUGGGUUGUGACCAGCAAGCCAUUCCCGCCGGGGUAAUGAAAACAUUUUGGGCGGCGGUGUCCGGUGGGUUCCAGGUGUCCUAUGUGUGGCACUUCGUGUUGGGUGAACAUUCGGAUGUCAUCGCUGGGCAGAACGUUUCCUACACGCCCAAGGUACAAGGCUGGCUGAGCGUCCUGUUAAAGGCGUCCAACAACGUUUCGAGUGAGAAUGUCUCUGCUCAGGUCCUGGUCCAGGUCCUGAUCUUAGCCGCUAGACUAACCGCGUCACCGCCCAUCGCUGUGGUCAACGAGACGGUCCACCUGAGUCUCUCCGUGAUGCCCAGCUUCACCCACGCGACUUUUCUGUGGAAGUUCGGAGACGGGUCCCGAGAUCAUUCAAACACGUCGGUUCUGUCCCACUUUUACUCGCGGCUGGGGGUUUACGUGGUGAAGGUCAACGCAUCGAACUACGUGAGCUUCUACGUGGCGCAGGCUACGGUUACCGUCUUAGUGCUGAAAUGUGACCCGCCACAGAUGAGCAUGAUUCUCAGUGAGACCAUGAGGAGGUCUCAGAUUAAUUACUUGGAGGCGGACAUUGAUCUCAGAGGAUGUGCUGAGUAUCAGGUGGAGUACCAAUGGGAGAUAUACAAGUCUUCAAGCUGCUUCUCUUUACAAGAAGGAAAUGAAGUCCGUCCAAGAAACGUGGACUUGAAGAGACCUCGACUGCAACUGCCCCACCUAUCAUUAACUACCGGGCAUUAUUGUGUACAGUUUACCAUUUCGUUUGAGGGGACCUCGUACUUGAAGACAGUGAGAUCCAUUGUCAACGUGAUACCCAGUCCCCUGGUCCCAAUUAUAGACGGUGGGACCUUGCGGUCAUGGUCAACGAUACAGGACCUUGUGAUGGAUGGCAGCAGGUCCUAUGACCCUGACCAGCCCCUGCAGAUGCAAACACCUCUCGAUUACAAGUGGAUGUGUAAAUACCCAUGUCUGGGACCAGCCGGUUGUGGAAUAUCUGGGAACGGAGCCAUCUUCUCUAUUCCGAGGAAGGAGCUGAAACACAACACAAACUACACGUGUCGCCUGAACGUUAGCCGACCCAACCGCGAACCCCAAUCUGUCAAGCAGCUUAUCUCGGUGAAGGGUGGCAGUUCGCCACUGGUGUCACUAGAGUGUGUCUCCUGCAAAGCCCAGGCCGUCUACGGAGUGAGCAAAAGCUCGUACGUCUAUCUGGCGGGAAGCUGCAGCAACUGCGAAGGCACUCCUCAGUAUGUGUGGAAAGUAGAGAACUUCAACAAGGAGGUGCUUGCCUUAAACAAUGCCACCACUUCCACCGGGAGCAACGGGAUGAACUUGGUCUUGAGACACGGAGUCCUGGAGGAUGGAGAUGGUUACAUCUUCAGCCUGAACGUCACCGAUCCACUGAUGGACAAGAUGGGAUUUGCCUCAAUAUACAUCCCUCCCAUUCACCUCCCUUCUGGGGGACGCUGCCAGAUCUAUCCGACAGAAAACAUCAGCGCCUUGACUACUAGCGUCACCUUCACCUGUACUGGCUGGGAGACGGCUGGGGUUCCUCUGGUGUACACCUUCAUCCUAACUCGCUGUGGUGUCGGGGGGAAACACUGCGACGAGUUCUACGUCUACAAGGGCAGCCGAUCAGAAUACUGCGCCGUCCUGCCCCCGGGCUUCAGCUCCAACCAAUUCAACGCCUACCUUGCUGUCACUGUGCAGAACCAGCUGGGGGCAUCCGUGGUGGCUGUGAACCGGUCUGUGGUCAUCAACAUCACGAGCACGCCCGAGGGCUUCCACAGCCUCACCGCCUGGAUGAAGAUGGAGACCGAGACCAAGCUGCAAGAGCUGUUGAAGCAGGGGGACCCCCAGCCCACCGUGGAGUAUGCCCUUGCCCUGGUCACCGUGCUCAAUGAAUACGAGAGGAGCAAAAGCUAUGGAAGGGAGUCGGCAAAUGAAACCAUCCGCAGGAUUAACAUCCGUAGCAACAUCACAUUGGCACUGACGUCACUCAAGGUCACCACGGUGGAUGACAUUCAGCAGAUCUCAGCCGCACUGGCACAGUGCACGGUCAUCAGCAGUGAGUUUGUUUGUGCUGAAUGUCAGAAGGAGACCCUGUCAGCCCUGGACAACAUGAUAACUGUCCUUCAGAAGGAAACAGGACAGGGGAAAAUGACGCCCACCUUAAUCGGGGAUAACAUCCUUGUCACUGUAGGUAAGUGGCAACCGAAACAAGCAGCUUGGUUAAGUCUGAUCGAUAUAACUAACCAGUUGGUUCCAGUAAUGAAUAAGGUCAACCAGCCAUUAGCAGGUAACCCUGAACUGGUGGCGACCAAGGCUUAUAAUCUAUCCAUGAAGUUAAUGCAGAUUCUGAUGGGCACCCGUGUUCUGAACGAAGAGCCCUUGAGUGUAUCGGGGGCUAGGAUGCGGGCACAGGGUAAACGGGCUGACCCGGGACACUUGCUCUGCCUCACCAACAAAUCAGGCUGCCAGUUCUCCAUCCCGCCGUCGUUCAACAGCGUCUUCUCCAACAUCAGCGACGUGACCCAGGUCAUGUUCCUGGUGGACUCCAACCCCUUCCCCUACGGCUACAUCAAGAACUACACCAUCUCCAGCAAGGUGGCCUCCAUCGAGUUCAAGAUGGACAAUGGGUCGCAGAUCCCAAUCGAGAGCCUGGACUCGGAGAAAGCCAUCACCGUCACGGUGUCAGCCAACUCUGCAGUGAGAAACGUCACGGUCAAUACAACGGUUAUCGCCGCACGGAAAUCAGUCAUGGUUAAUAUCACCUCUGGCAACUUAAACAAAAGGGCUGGCCUCCAUAUACAGGUCACCUACACAGUCUUAAACGAUUCUGGAACUUCCAACGUGAAGGAUGCUGAGCCCUUCAUCCAGGUUCUCCUCCAUAAUUCGACAAAGCCAAAUGAGCACAACUUCAAAGCCAAGAAGAGGAUCUAUUUGGAAUCAGUGAGCGGAUCGGACCACAAGCUGUACACCUUCUUCUUGUCCCCAGAUAUAGAAGACACAACAAAGGAUUAUUAUUUGAACAUCACAAACUAUUAUAGAUCUUGCCCGGUGCAAGCAUCAGUCGGUGUCUACACUUCACUUUGCCAGUAUUUCAAUAUGACGGCAAUGAGCUGGAAAACGGACGGGAUCUUGCCGUUGGAAGACACCACUCCGACCAUGGCCGUGUGCCUGACCCAGCACCUGACCGCCUUCGGGGCUAGUCUCUUCGUUCCCCCGAACUCCGUCGUGUUCAUCAACCCAUCUGUGUCCAUCAUUAGGAACUACAUUGUCCUCAUUACCUGUGGCAUCUGCUUUGUCAUCUACGCCGUCUCGACGGUCAUUGUGCGGAAGUUGGAUUGGAUUGACAUUGGCCGGGUGGGAAUCAUCCCUCUCUGUGGAAAGGAUGGAUUUUACAAAUACGAGAUCUUGGUGAAGACGGGCUGGGGACGAGGCUCAGGUACUUCCUCACACGUGGGAAUCAGCCUGUGUGGAAGAGAGGACAAGAGCGGAUACAGACACUUGGAUAACGAGGAUGCCUUUCACAGGAACAGUGUGGACAUAUUUCAGAUUGCGACCGACAACAGCCUGGGCAACAUCUGGAAGAUCCGUGUCUGGCACGAUAACAAAGGCCUUACCCCUUCCUGGUACCUGCAACAUGUAAUCAUCAAGGAUCUUCAGACUAACAACGUCUAUUACUUUCUGGUGAAUGACUGGUUGGCUGUGGACAAGGAUGGGAAUGAAGGCCUAGUGGAAAAGGAGGUCCUUGCUGCAAGCGAGUCGAAACUGCGGGACUUUUCCCGCAUCUUCACGGCGGAAAUCCAGAGAGGAUUCUCGGAAGGACACAUCUGGCUCUCGAUCUGCGACCGACCGCCCAGGAGUUGCUUCACCAGAGUACAGAGAGUCACCUGUUGCCUUGUCCUCGUGUUCCUCUGUUUCUGCGCCAGUGUGGUGUGGUACGGGGUCAUAAGUGACACAAGUGUAAGUGACCUGCCAGUUUCAGCGCUGGUGCCUCUGAGUGGAGAGAGUGUGGCUGCUGGUAUUGUCUCCUGCAUAAUCAUCUACCCCAUCUAUCUAAUCAUCAUUCUGCUCUUCCGCAAAUCUCGGAGCAGGGCUACGAUGACGGACUCGGGUCCGCAUGAAUCGAAUGUGCUGGAGAUCGAUGACUACGUUGAUCCUUCCACGGCAGGCAGUUCUUUCCUGACCUUCGCAGACAACCUGGAGGAGGAUUUCAAAGAGAAGCUAAAGACUGACGUCACAGCCAAGAGUGCACCCAGCUGGCCUGACUAUGACACCAUGAUGAAUUGGCCGGACCUGUUGAGUGAUCAGUCCUACAUGGGCAGCAACGUUCCCAAACUGAGGAGAGGACGAGGAACACGACACCUCGGAAUCGAGACGCAGUUGAGUUCAGAUGAUGAGCCACUCUCCCUUGGCUACGAGCAGGCCAUGGCCAAAGCCUUCUCUGCAUCAGCAGCUGAACACCUGAUACAGCGAAUGACCUUAGGAGGGAAUAAUGAUCUGUCAACCUCACACGACAGUGGCCGAGUCUCUCUGGACCUUGAGAGUCACUUAAUAUCCAACCUGACAGAAAUAAUCAGCGGAAAUGAAGAGGUGCCAAUGGAAGCUGCCAUUCACCACAAGGCCAGUGACUUUGGGCAAGUCAUCCGGCCCACCCAAGGUAUUGGGAGGAUGGCCAACACCAGAAGAAUAGCUUUCAGUGACCCUCCAGAGCGAUGCCUCUUCCCCUUCUGGUGCAGUUACACAGCCCACGCCCUCUGUUUCCUCCUCUUCUCUGCCUCCAUCAGCGUGUGCCUUUGGAUCGGAGUUCGCUUCACUCCAAGGGUUGCUCUCAUGUGGCUCAUCUCAGGAAUCUUCAGCAUCCUCUCCUCAUUCUUCCUCCUGGAACCUUUGAAGGUUCUGACUGAAGCACUUUAUUUCUCGCUGGUUGCCAAGCGCAUCCACCCGGAUGAAGAUGACAACCUGGUGGAGAAACCGCGCGUGGAACAGAUCUCGGAAAGGAUCGGAAAGGUCCGCCCUCCUCAAGGAUACAGCCUCCUGCAAGCCCGGGAAGAGGCGAGGAAGGUCCAGAUUCUUCACAAGAUGCUCAAGAACUUCAUCAUCUACAUGCUCUUCCUGCUGGUGGUCUUGCUGAUUAAUUACGGAGACUCGUUCAGAGACGCCCAGAGUCGCCUUCUACACAGCUCCAUUCGACAAGGUCUGGUUGGAGUGAGGAGAGGAGUGGAAUUUCACAAAAUCAAAAGAUCAGGGGAGCUAUUUAAAUGGAUGAGCAAGGUACUGCUUCCAUAUCUCUACAACAACCAAAGCAAGACUCUGUUAGGCUGUGCACGGCUGCGCCAAGUUCGUUCGAAAAUAAACCAAGGUCAAUGUCUUCAGCAAGCUCCAGUGAAUGGGCAAUGUCUGCACUCCCCUCUGCUACAGGACACCAGCGAUUAUGAGAUUGGUUGGAAGGACCCAGUUACCAAUCGGAGCAAUAAGUGGUCGUACUCAACGCCUGAUCUGCCAGAGGUGUGGUAUUGGGGCCAGACCACAGCGUGGGACAGUGGAGGAUAUGUGCAACAUCUCGGCAGGACAAAGGAGCAGAGUAAUCGCACACUUUGGCACUUACGGGAGAGCAACUGGCUGGACAGAAAGACCAGGGUUGUCUUUGUUGAGUUUACCCAGUAUUGCCCCAAUGUGGAUUUGUACAGCGUCGUCACCGUACUCAUCGAAUUCCCCCUGUUGGGGGGUGUGUUCACCACCAUUGACAUCAAACCAUUCUCGCUGCUGCGCCUGAGUGCUGGAAUGGAUUUUCCGCUUGUCAUGAUGGUCUUCCUCAUGCUGUUCGUCAUCUACUUCACAAUUAGUGAAUUACUCCUGAUCUGUCAAGAAGGCAAGACCUACUUGUUUCUGUUCUGGAACUACCUGCAGUGGUCGGUCAUUAUUCUCAGUAUCUGCUGUGUGGCUGUGCACCUGAAACGUGCUAAACUCGGCGACAGACAGUGGGCACGUUACCUGACCCACCAAGACUGCUUCACCAACUUUUACCAGUUGGCGUCCCUGAGUCAAGUGUUCAACAAGCUGGCUGCCGUCCUUCUUUUCCUACUAAUGGUUAAGGCUGCUCGACAACUGAGAUUUGUCAGAAGGUGGUCCAUCUUUGGAAAGACCCUGCAUAAUUCCGGAAAGGAGCUGUUUGCAGUUGUUGUGGCAUCAGCUGGGCUUCUGCUUGCCUAUACACAGCUUGGUUAUCUGUUUUUUUCCGCCAACCUCGAUCAUUUCAAGACCUUUGGAGGCAGCAUGCUCUCCCUGCUCGCUGUGAUUCAACGAGGGAUGAACCUGGGGCAGUGCUUCUUCGAGUACCCAAGCCUAUGCUCCCUCUACUACAUCAGUUACAUUGUCAUCGAGAUCUGGAUUGUAGUGCGGCUGUUUGCGGCUGUGCUACUGCAGAACUACCGGGAGAUUAAGCUGGAGAUGCACAGGCCAGCAGUGGAGCCACAGGAGUAUGAGUUAGCAGAGCUAUUCAUCAGAAGACUCAAGAUGUGGAUCGGUGUCAGCAAGAUGAAAGAAUUCCGUCACAAGGUGAAGUUUGAAGGGAUGGUUCCCUUGCCCUCCGGGUCAUCCAGAGAUUCCAAGUCCACCUGCCUCCACACCGCCAGCACCAUCUCCGACAUCUCCUCGUCAUCUUCGUCCAGCGCCGGGUCGACCGCCGCGGAUGCCUUCCCGUCGGCCGGCCUCAACAAGGCGCCGCAAAUCGAGGCCAACAUCCACCGGCUGCUUCCACUUUUCGAAACCCUUCUUGAGCAGUUCGAUAAGGUGAACAGCGCGACCGAAGAUGUCUACCAGGCGGAGUGCAAGCUUAAGCAGGUGCAGGAGACAGCGCGGCAAAGGAGGAUUAACACCAAGGCGGAAGAGUUGCUGGCGGCUUAUCGGAGGAUGAGGGCGAGCAGGAGGCUGAGGGACGAUCGGCGGCCAUCCCCGCGCACUCUAGGGGACAGGGCAGCGGUCAACGACCCCCAGCCAAGGGCCAGCCAAUUAGAAGACUGUGCAAUGCCCCUGCCACCUCGAAGAAAGUCCAAAACGUCCAAAAUGCCAGACAAGGUGUGGCAACAAACGCCCGGCGAUCACCAACGUCACUCAAACCCCGAUUAGUUUUGUUUGGCAAUACCGUACAGCAUCCAACCAGUACGGGGCCCACCGAGUCCAUGCCAACCAUUGAUCACCCGUUCACACUAGUUCUGGGUUAUCCUACUUUGUCAUCCACUCCCUAUACACUAGGGGGCAAUUGACCUACAAACCUGCACAUCUUUGGGAUGUGGGAGGAAGUCUGCAUGUUCGCAAGGGAGAACAUGAGGACUACACACAAACACACAUACAGGCAGCACCUGAGGUCAGAUUUGAACUGGGGUCUACAGCGCUGUGAGGCAGCAACUCUAUCAGCUGUGCCACUAUGCCACACUGUUGGGGCUGUGCACUGCAGGGUCAAGACAAUGACCCUUCAAUUCCAUAUAACUUCAAGAGAUGUGUCACUCCACACAGCCCCUCUCCAUACAGUGGAUUGAAUCACAUAUGUUGACGUCGUAAAAAGAUAUCACUGACCCAACUUGUUUGAGCAUUGACGGAAGGUUGGAUUAUCCCCGCAUUCAUUCACACGCCUCCCCUCAACACUUAAUGGCUGAGACGUUACAGCUUAAUGAAGGCAAACGGGCACUAACAGUCACCAAAACUGGCGACUCUAUCGAUGAACGUCGUUCGUUGCGCCAAGGGACAAGUUAUUCACGAAACGGGUUAGAAGAAGCCGUACAAAGGACAGACAUUUUAUAAAAAUGGUUUACUUUAUAUGUAUUAACAAGCACUUUAAAACUGAGGGUAGUUCAGAAGGAGAGAUUGUACAAACUUGCUUUUUUAGCCAUGCACCAGAAAAGGGUGCACUUAUUUAAAAAAUGCUAUUUUAAAUCAUUUAAUUUGUUGUUUGAUAAGUGAAGAGGAAACAGCACACAGUUUAUUUUACGAGACAGUAUUUUUUGCUUAAGUUACAAUAGUGGCAUUCUUGUUAGGGAAUGUAAAACAGGCAGAUUGGGAUUAAUUUCUCACCGUAAAUAGAACAUGUUCUGAUCAAAUAAUAAUCCCUGCACGGCGGGGAGGAGAGUGACUGUAAAUGAUUAUAAAAUGCACACAAAUCAAGAACCCUGCACAUUUACCCGCUCCUGUUACGUGCACAGCUGAAACAAAUAGCCGUGAAAAGAUUAGUUUACUACAGCUCAUAAAAGUAAGCUGCGUUGUGAAUAAUUACAGUGAAAUAUGUAUCGUAACAGUCAUAAAAACAGGCCACAAGAAACGGAUUAAUUGUAAGAAGCAGAUGCAUAGCAGUAGAAAAUAAUUUUGUGUGGAUGUCACAAAGCAGUGGAAUUUGAUUUUUAGUAUAGUUUAGUUUAAAGAUACAGUGUGGAAACAGGCCCUUCAGCCCACCGAGUCCGCACUGACCAGCGAUCCCUGUACGCUAGCACAACCCUACACACUAGGGACAAGGGACUAUUUACAAUUUUUACCAAAGCCAAUUAACCUACAAACCUUUAUUGGAGUGUGGGAAGAAACCAGAGCACGCGGAGAAAACCCAUGCAGGUCAUGGGGAGAAAGUACAAACUCCGUACAGAUAGCAUACGUAGUCAGGAUCGAAGCCGGGUCUCUGGUGCUGUAAGGCAACAACUCUACCGCUGCUCCUCUUUAGAGUAUCUAUUUAUCUUUAGGUUACAGCACAGAAAUUAGUAUUUGCAGUGAAAAUAUACAAAAUGGUUAUUUUGGUCCAACAUUUACAGGGUCACAAGAGCAUUAGAGAGGAGAGAAAUCUUUCCAUGAAUGUGCUGAUCAUACUGUUACGUUAUCAUUCCAUCUGGUCAGGCAUUGAUUGAAUUUGGUGUAAGGUUCAGGCACAAUGUAACCAAACACUAAAUGGUCUCAUGCUUUGUUUAGUGAAUGAACACACUUUCAUAGAGAAUUCUACCCUUCUUCUCCCAAUCACCCAGGGUGUAGCUUACAAAAUGCGUUCAGCUUAGAGCUACAGCGUGGAAACAGGCCCUUCGGCCAACUGGGCCCGCGCCGACCAGCGAUCAUCAUUACACUCAUUCUUUCCUACACACUAGGGACAAUUUACAGUGGCCAAUGAACCUACAAACCCACACGUCUUUUGGAAUGUGGGAGGAAACUGGAGCACCGGGAGGAAAACCAUGCAGUCAGUCGCAGGGAGAACAUGCAAACUCCGUACAGACAGAACCCGUGGUUAGAAUCUAACCUGGGACCCUGGUGCUGUGAGGCAGCAGCUCUACCAUUGCGCCACUGUGCUGCCCAAAUAUGAAGGCACAAAAGUAAUUCAUCAUUGCUACCCAACUUUGGAAAGUCGGUCUGGGCAAUGUGUGAACUUCAAGCACCUUUCAUUUCCUGUGGCUUUCUUUCUCUGAAGAAGCAUUAGAAGUUGAAAUGUCACCAAGUAGUUAAUGGUAUGAACACCAGGGGAAUUAACAAAUAGGAUCCUAUCAAACUUGUUCCUCAACUACUCUGGAAGUGUUCACCUGCUCUUCCCAAGUGCUGGAAAUGAGAUAAGCCCAAGUCAUUUAUUUUCUUGGAACAAAUUACUGAAUUUUAUAUUUUUCGUCACAGAGGGACACUGUUGACAAGUCUCCUUCCUAUCACAUAGGUUCAGCGUGAGCCUUUAGGCUGCUUAUCUGAAAUACUGCAGGAUAUUCAUUGUAAACUUUGAUAAAUAUGCCAGUUUUAAGGUUGUGUAUUAUUUUAUUAUAAAAUGCAUAUAAUGUGCUUUAAGUGCCAAAUGCUGAUUAAAAGAGUACUACAGAUGGUAUGUAGAAGGUUAGUGCUUACUUACUGAACUGGUAUUCCAAGACGGAGCAAAGCUAAGUACAAAUCUUUCUGUGACCGCUGAGUAAUUAAAUACAUCUGGAAUUAAAAAUGCAAUCAACUAGUUCACAAAACAACAAAUAUCCUACAUGAAUAGCAAUUUGCCAUGCAAAAUAUUCUUCAUUAUCAUCACUGACUUAUUCUUAGUCAACAACGCACCGUCUUACCAUCUGGUCAAUUUACACAUCAGGGCACUUUAAAAAUAAAUAAGCUCUCGAAUUUGUCUUCAUUUUUUCCUCUAUGCCUGUGUGCAACUCCAGACCUUAGUAACUUGGUUGACUUUAACAGUCCUCUGAAAAUGUCUGGUGAGUUAUAGAGUCAUAGUUUUUUAAAGGGCAAUUGGAGACAGGCGUUGAUAUUAGUUAAAGAGUGAAGAAAGUUAAAGUAGACACAAGGAAUUGCAGAUGAUGGUUUAUGAUAGAUGACGAUUGGGUUGGAACCCUUCUUCAGACGGAUUGUAGUAGAGGAGGAGAAAGCUAGAGAAGAGGUGGGUAUGGGACAAGGCCAUGCAAGUGAUAGAUGGAUACAGGUUAGGGGAGGAGGGGGAGGGAUAAGCAGUUUGGUGGACAAUGACAAGAGAUGGGAAGAAGAGCUGUGACAUAAUGAGAGAAGAGCAGGUACUUCCACAAAGUUUAAGAAACAUUUAGACAGGUACAUGGAUAGGACAGGUUUAGAGGGAUAUGGGCCAAACAGCCAGAUGGUACUACUGUAGAUGGGACAUGUUGAUCAGUGUGGGCAAGUUGGGCCAAAGGGCCUGUUUCCAUGCUGUAUGACUCCAUGUCUCUGAAAUGCGUGAAAUGUGAAGCCAGAGGAAGGGAUAUAGGUGGAAGGGGAAAGGGAAAAUGGGGCAGUUUAGAAGGAAGAAUGGGUGUGCAGAAAGUUGAAGUGAUGUUGGCAAUCCUUUUUCGAUUGCAUCCCUCAUUUAGUUAACUGAAUGUUUCUGAUACAUCAUGUUCAUCCAGUCAGGGCAGAGAGAAGUGACAACAAACCUCCAGGAUGAUCAGGAUAGUUUGCUGCUUAAAGUCUGGUUAGAAUCAUCUUUCCAAGCUCCAAAACCGGGCGGCAUUUCCAACACAAACUGGAAACUUUCUCCAAGGUUUGUGACCCAAAAUGAUCGGAGAGUUGGACUUCGGAGAGUAGCACAGGUCUUUGUAUCAAGAGAAAAAUACGUCAAUUGCGAACAAGGUAGAUUAGCCUAGCUUAGGUGUUCAAACAGAAUUUGCAAUCACUGUAACUUUGUUAAGUCUUGAUGUGCAAAGAUUUUUCUUGGGAUGUAAUUAAUAGUUUAGUUUACCGAUUCAGCAUGAAAACAGGCUCUUUGGCCCGCUGUGUCCAUGCCGACCGGCAAACUCAAAACACUAGCAUUAUCCUAUAUACUAGGGACAAUUUACAAUCUUUACUCAGUCUGAAGAAGGGUUUCGGCCCGAAAUGUUACCUAUCUCCUUCGCUCCAUAGAUGCUGCUGCACCCGCUGAGUUUCUCCAGCAUUUUUGUGUACCUUCUAUUUUCCAGCAUCUGCAGUUCCCUCUUGAACAACCUAUAAACCUGUUUGUCUUUGGACUGUGGGAAGAAGCCAGAGCACCCGGAAAAACCCCACGCUGUCACCCUGGUCUCUGGCGCUGUAAGGCAGCAACCCUACCAUGCGCCACUGUGACAUAAUAUUUUAAUCACUUUUCUAUACAAAUCCUACAUAAAUCACACACGUCAUAGACAAUAUUUGAAGGGCAGUGAAUUGACACGAGUCCUCAUUUUCGAACAUUAGUGACUUCAAGGACAAAUGUAAUCAUCCAUUCCAUCCACCAACCACCCCUCCCUCCACCACUGCGCACCGUCAAGGCAGAGUUAAUGCACCGUUAAACCAUGUGUAAAUAAUUGUAAUCUUUAUGCCAGAAACAUUUCCGAUGCACUGAAAGACAAUGUCAAAUAAAGUUUUGACUGCUUGAGAGAUAGUUGGUGAAUUAGGGUUGAAAUUAUUUAUUUGAGCAAUAGGGAAACAAAGUAUUUUACUCAGUUAUUGUAUUGCAGUUGAAAUAUAAAAAUAAAUUAAUCGCUUUCUCUUUUC